GCACGAGCUGGCAGCUCCUACACCGCAGCUUACACGUGAAAUUUGGGAAACUCGCAAGUUGCGAGAAGCUCUGGACCCAGUGCGCUUGCCGCACGACUUCGACUAGGGUAGUACCAGAGAGCCUCUCUGAAGCGGGAGCCCUGUGCAACCAGCGGGCCGCCGGGCGGCGCACAAGCUCUGAUAGAAUGUGCGCUCCACCCACACCAACAAUCGACAAGACAAAAGCAAGAAACCUCAGCCUCGCCUACGCCUUCACGCUGGCGGCCGGCGCGGCACGAGGAGUCUGGUCCUACGCCGUGCUGAGCGGCUACCUCUACGUGCUCACGGGCGGGUCGAACGCGCGGGUGGGCCUCGCCGAGGGCGCCCAGGGCAUCGCGCAGUGCGCCUGCGGCCUGCUCGCGGGCUGGGCGGCCGACCGGUUCCGGCGGCGGACCGUCUGCCGCGUCGCCUGCGUCACGGGCGUGGUGGCCUCGUUAGGACUGAUCCUGGCCAUUGCCGUAAGCGACGUCUCCGCCCGGGCGCGCUUCGACUACGUCACGGUCGGCCUUGCGGCGUUCGGCGCGUAUCAAGGAGUGUGGAGCACGGCCCUCGAGACGCUCUUCGCGGACUCGACGACGCGCGGCGCGCAACGCGCCGAGGCGACAUCACAAAAAUUCAUGCUGACCCUUUUGGCGACGACGGCGGGCCCGGCGCUGGCGCUGGUGCUCUUCCUAUGCAUUGGGGACGACUGGUCCCUCGCCGCGCUGAAAACAGUGGCAGUCGUCGGUCUGGCGCUGUGCGCGCCGCCGGCGCUCCUCUUACUGGGGUUGCGAGACGUGGGCGCGGAUGCGUGCGACGACGAGGAGGCAGACAAGGAGGGCGACGAGGGCAUCGCGCGGCUGAUACUGGUGGCGGAUCUAAUAUCAGGCUUCGGGUCGGGCAUGACGGUGAAGUUUAUUCCGCUCUUCUUCAAGAACCGGGCGGCCUUCUCGCCCGUCGCGGCGAACGCGUUGUCCAUCGGCGCCGCUUUAGUUAUGAUCUGCGGGUCGCGGGUCUGCGAGCGGUGGAGCCAGUCCGCCGGGAAAGCUCGCGUCUGCGCCGUCUGCAUGGUCCUGGCCGCGAUUGCACUGAUAGGUCUGGCUUGGGCCGACGCAGGGCGUCUAAACGUCCUGCGCCCCGGGCGGCCCGCGUUGACGUCAACCAUCAAGCGCGCCGGUGCAGUUCUCUUAUAUUUGCUCACUUGCGCGCAGCACGCCUGUCGCCCAUUAAAAAAGGCGGCGCUCAACGACCACGUGCCUCACGCGAGUCGAGGCCGCUGGAACGCGCUCGACGGGGUCACACGGUUCGGCUGGUCGGGGAGCGCCGUGCUCGGCGGCUAUUUGGUCGAUCGAGGAGGGUACGCCCUGACGUUUGUCGUGACUGCCGCAACACAAUUAAUCGCGGCAUUGGUCUGGCUGGCGUUGGUAGGCCGCGUCGACCCGCACACCGCGGGUUUGGUGCCGCGGCGGCGCGCGCCGACGGAGGACUCCCUGGAGGAGCCGCUCAUGGAGGAGGCCGCGCCGACGACGCGAGCGACGAGCGGCUCCUUCGUCGUCGACGACUACUCGGAGAUGCCGCGCGGGUGAUUUUAUUCUGUGUGUAAUCUGUGAUUAUUUGGAUACUUACCACCGCAGAGUGACAGACGCGGCUAAGCAGAGCGCCUGCUAGGCGGCCUCUCGAUCACUUGCUGGACACAAAAUAAUUUUUGUGCAUCUCCUGCAACCAACACCGUGCGCUCCCACGGCUUUAAAAGCUGCCCCCGCAUCAUCCCAUAGCCCCGGCCUCGCGAGCGACCGUCG